AAUGACUGAUUUAGCUGAAGAAAAUGUUGAGGGAGAGGAACAACCUUUAAAUGAUGAAGAACUUAUUAAAGGACAUUGUGUUGAACUUUUUUCGACAAAAGAUUUUGUAAUGGAACCACAAGUGAUUACUACUUUAUUGGCUUUCUUUCAGGCUGGUGGGCAGCCCGAAAAGGUUAUUGAACUUUUAUCAAAUAAUUAUAAUGGAUUGGGACAAUAUGCAAAUUUAUUUGGUUGUUGGCUAUCAGAUUUAGAAAUGGAUGGGGAUUUUAUUGAAACAAUUAAUAAUGAACAAGAAAUUGUUGCCUCAACCUCCUCUAAUUCGGUAUUAUUAAUGGGGGCUGAUGUUCAACAACAAAUUGAACGUUGUCCUUCUGUUCGUGAUUGUUUUGAACAAACAAUUAGUCAAAUGAUUAAAAAACAAUUUUCACCGGACGCGGCGGAUAAAAUAUUUGAAAAUGACGAUGGAACAGAAGGAAUUGAUUGGCUACCUGAAUUAAUUUGGUAA